AUGAGCUCCGAUUGGAACUGGAUAAACCUGCCAGGAGGUCAUACGGAGCAAUUGCUGGCGGACUUGGAGGCGCUGCCAGCAGAGGAUGGCAACCAACCUUGUACAGGUCGGGGCAUGGUCGUUGUCCAGACCAACGCUACGUGUUCCUUCCACAUCAGCUUCAGCAGCACCGACGUUCUGCCCACACGUGGCACGGAUGUCCCCACUCUCCGCUUCGUGGUUGGCAAGCGCCGCAACACAAUGACGAGUGUUGGCUUGGGCAACCCUUAUCUGAAGAAGGAGCCCAUCGACUUCACUCGCCAGCAAGAUGCGCUUCUGACAUCCAAUCCGGAGAGGAGUCGCACUUUCUGGUUUCUCUACGACAAAGUGGUCCAGGUGGCAGCUAUGGGUGUACAGGGAUGCCCCCAGGCCGAUGUCUGCCGUCUGCUUUGUCGGUUUCAGGACUCCAUCGGCUUCCGUGCCGAGGUGUGCGAGAACCUUCGAUACGUCAUCAUCUCCUCCGGGAAGCUACCGGUUUCGCUGCGCAUCGUGCAUGUCGGACCGCCGCCGGACGUCUCCAUUCCACGCCAUCUGUUUGACCCGGUGGAGUGGAAAGAGCUUCCCUGGCAAGGCUGCAGUUGCAUCUUCGAACUGGACGAGCAACAUCUAGCAAUUCUGAAACGUAUCCAGUCGCUGCUGUCAGCAUCGCCUUUGGGGCCGCUUUACCAGCUGGUGCCACCAGAGUGCCUCUGCCUCAACCCGGCGCGGUUGCUCGAUCCCUUUCGGCGUCCCGAGCUGCUGUGCCAGGGCCCGAGCGUCGUUGCUGACAGCCCUGGAGAUGAAAUGGACUGGCGAGCCUGCUUCGAGCAGGUGCAGGAGCGCCUUGCAAUCCCGCUGCACUCUGGUCCCUGGACGUACUGGCCGCUGCGCUUCGAUCGUGCUGACUGCACGACCGUGACCUUGACACCGACAGGUCCUGUGUGUCAGCAAGCCGUCUCCUCGUGGGUUGCUGCUGUGCAGCAGGCCAGCGGGCUGCGAAAUGCCGCAGUUCCACGAGACAUGCUGACGCUGACCUUUGCCUACGAGGUGUUCCCAGUCGAGGGCGAGAACGCGUCGCAGGUCCGACGUGACCUUGUUCGCGAGAUCAAAGCAAUCUUGGACAAGGAAUGGGGCAUCAUGGAGUUUAUCGGCCCAAAGUUGGCGUUAUGGCAGACGAAGAGUCGCUGGUUGCCCUUCCAGGCGGCCUAUGUGCCUUCGGCACCUACUCCGUAG